CACCUGGACAACACACACACACACCUCCGUCAGCUAUUCACCCUUGCUUUGAAAUCCUCUCCAUUCAUCUACGCCACCUACAGCGUACAAAACCUACAUCUUCUUUGAGGCCCAUCUCUCACCCCUUGCAACCUCAAUCUCCUACCCUCACCCUUACCCUCAACCACAGCUAUCACCACAACCCCUCUUACAUCCUCAAAAUGUCCCGCCACCACCCCGAUCUCGUCAUGUGCCGCAAGCAGCCCGGCAUCUCCAUCGGCCGCCUCUGCGACAAGUGCGACGGCAAGUGCCCCGUCUGCGACUCCUACGUGCGCCCGACCACCCUGGUCCGCAUCUGCGACGAGUGCUCCUUCGGCAACUACCAGAACAAGUGCAUCGUCUGCGGCGGCGAGGGGAUCAGCGACGCCUUUUACUGCUUUGAGUGCACCCGCCUGGAGAAGGACCGCGACGGGUGCCCCAAGAUCAUCAAUCUGGGCAGUUCACGGACGGACCUGUUCUACCAGAAGAAAAGUUUUCGAAAUCAUUGACCUCCGUGCCACUCAUCACCGCUUGAUUGGGGGAAAGGGCAUCCGGGAUUUUGGUCCGAUUUACGUGAUGUGAUGCUCGAUUUUGCCUGCUCCGGAAGAAGCGCCUCGUCUUGGCUGUUACGAAUGAUUUGAUAAGAAAAGACACACAGCUGGUGGAAGAACGCUCAGCUCUCUAGGUGCCGGGGUGAGGGGCUAUAUACUGUAUCGAUCUCAUAGAGCAAAAAGCAAGAAAGAUGUACAAGAAAUCAGGGGAAACGUUGGGUCCACCUGGGGACUAAUCAUAUUUACCGUCCGGGACGUCUCGGUCUCGCGAACCCGCGACUGGGUCCGGUGCUUUGUUGCGGGUGGACCUCUUCCUGCAGCCUCUCGCCGGAGAUCUCGUCGGGAGAGGAUGCCUCGAUCU